UCUUCAAGAAAAACAUCCUAAGAUUUGGUCUUUCUCUAGCUCCAAAAUUUGUCUCUUCUGUCACAGGAGAGACUUGAGUUAGGAAAAAAAAAACAGAGAAAGAGAGAGCAGAGAUGGCAGCCUUGAGGUGGGUUGUUCACUCAGCAUGCCACGUUUUAGGUUACAGUAACGCUCCGUCUAAGCCGAUGGCCGCUGCCGUGGGGUACCCAACGACUAAAGAACAAGCCAAUGGAGAUCGUCAAGCGAAGAGCUUACAAAUGCAUACUAACGUGGGGCUGUCCAACACUGCGGACACAUACCCUUCCGGUUUCCAAAUGCCUCUUCAUUACCCUCGCUACUCCAAGGCAGACUAUGAGAAAAUGGACGAGUGGAAGUUGGACUCGCUUCUCAUGGAAUAUGGUCUCAGCUUUAAGGGCGCUCUUGAUGAGAAGAGGGAAUAUGCAAAAGGGGCAUUUUUGUGGCCUGAUCAGUACUAGUUGGUGCGUUUGAUGUACAUAUAUCUCUCUCUUUGGGAUAUAUGUUCGUUCCAGAUAGAAUAAACAAAUUCGCCCGUUUUGUGUAUUAGCAUAUAUAUUUAUCUCUGUUUCACUCAUAUGAAGGGGGGUUUAUUGCACUAGCUAGCUAGCGAGCCUGUAAUAUUUUCCAAAAGUCAGUCUAUGAAAUAUCUGGUGGUAUAAUAUGUUUGCUUUUUUAGUUGUAUGUGUAAAAAAGAAGAUGUAGUAGUAUUACUAUACUUUUGAAGGGUUAGGGGAGAAUCUGCCAUGACACUAAGCUAGUUAUUAUUACAAGAAAUAAGUGUAACAAACAGAGAGUAUUAUGUGGAAUUACUUUUCUGGAAAUAUUAAUAUAUGCUUUGCUAAUUAAAUUCCA